AUGGUUUACUCUCGUUCAGUUCUUACAGCUGUCGUCGCUAUCGGAGUUGCCUCUUCUGCUCUCGCUGUUCCACUGCCGUCUUCUGAUGCUCUCGGUCGCACGGUGUCAGUGUCGGGGACAGUGAUAGCGCCUACCGUGGACGCUCGUGAAUUGGAAUUAUCCGUCUUCGAGGAUGAUGAAUGGCAUCCCCAUCCCCUCGAGCGUUUGGGUGUGGAAGAUCACAUUGACGAGGAUCCCACCCCGUUUUUGAGCAAUGAAAAUCCUCAGCUCAAGACUGACAUUCAGACGCUGGUCGGUGUUGCAACAGCUUCAGAACAUCUUGCCGACAUUAUCACUGAUGAUCAUAGGAUACUAGCUCACUCUGAUCCUAUGAGCGUGCUACCCAAGGCCGAGGAAAAGUCCCUCUCAUUAUCGUUCGAUAUGGUGGGCCCUGCACCUGGGUUUUCUCCUGUCCACAUGGAGCGACGAAACACUAUGACCGAUGAAGAGGCCAAAUCGUACUUGGAGAAAUUAGAGUAUCAGGUUCGAUGGACCCAGUUCCUUUGGUUUCGCAAUAUACCAAUGAGGGCAGAGAACCUGGAGAAUUCGAAUGAUUGGGCAGAUUUCGAGCAAAAGCCAGGGGUCAAAGAGUUCAUUGAUCGAACCACCACACAGAGGAAUUUACCUGAUUUUCCAAAGUUUGUCGAGGCCUACUUUGCAUGUGUAAAGAACAAGCUCUUACCAUGGUGCUCAGCUUGA